AUGAAAGAGAUAAAUUAUAAAAGAGGACAAGCAGUUGAUGUUCAAGAAGAAUUUGGAGUUAUAGAGAUAAAUAAAGACAAGUAUAUUGGCAAAAAACCAUUGGUAACUCCGAUGUGGGAUAGCCGUGGAGUAUUUGGAGGUAACCUUGUUGGGCAACUGCUUCUCGUCGCCAUGAAGACUUGUGAUCCAGAGUUUAGACCACAUUCUUUACAUUCUUCAUUUGUAAGAGCAGCAAAUCCUGACGAUCCAAUCACUUAUGAAGUUGAAGAAAUCUCAAACGGUAAUAACUUUUGUAAUAGAUCAGUCAAAGCUUUACAAAAUGGAGAAAUUGUAUAUUAUGCCAAUAUAUCACUAACUAAGAAGAAUUCGUACAAGGCAAGUUUAGCGAAAUAUGAGGAGUAUAAUACAAAAUUCCAACAAAGAGCUAAAGAACGAGAUGUUGAAGAAGAUAUAGAUGAUGAUGACGAAGAAGAAGUUGAGAAAAAACCAAUAAAACCAUUUGGGUUCCAAACACCAUUACACAACUGGUUUAAGAAAUAUGAUUUAAAAGAUUUACCAGUUUCAAAUAUUGAAUCAAAUAUGUUAUGUUAUUUUAAAUUUUUCCCGGAUUUUUUACAAUUAAAUAAAUCAGAAUAUGAAAAUGAUAUACCUGUAGCAGAAAGAAAAUUUGCAUUUUUAGUAAGAUGGGGAAUAGAUAACGAACAAGGUUUUCAUCAACCUUUGGUGGGUGUUGAUUCACAAUUUCAAUACGUGGGGUUAGGUAAUAUAUCAGACUCUUUAUUAUUAAAUGUCAUUUUGAGAGUUUUAAGAAUAGAAGAUGUUCAAUUAACUGAUUAUCAUAAAACAUUUUUUGGAGUAAGUCUAGAUCAUGUAUUAUAUAUUCAUGAUGAUGAUUUUGAUGUUACUAAAUGGAUGGGAUAUGGGUUUAAAACUAUUAGAUUUGCUCAUGAUAGAAUUUUAGUUGAAGGUGAAAUUUAUAAUGAUGAGGGAGUUCAUGUUGCAACUGUUGUUCAAGAAGGUUUAUUGAAAUUUAGUGGUAAAGAAAAAGGUGCUAAAUUAUAG